UUGAUUGUGCGUUCUCAUCAUUACUAGGGUUUUCUACCUAGAGAAAAGCAAGAAACCUUAACCUUUUUUCACCAUCCGCAACAAAAUUAAUGAAAACUUACUGAAGGGGUUAGGGUUAGCAAUGGAUAGGUUGAGUGACUUGAGUCUGUUGCCAGAUGACUUGAUCUUUAAGAUACUCUCUUUUGUUCCAUCCAAAGUUACAGUGACCACAAGCCUUUUGUCAAAACGUUGGCGUUCACUUUGGAAACACGUCCCAGCUCUUGUGUAUGCCGAUCCAUAUAUUGACAGUGAAUACUGGAGAGCUUCACGUUUUAUCGACAAGUUUUUGCUACUACGUGACACUCAUGCAUCUCUAGAAACUGUGAAUUUAUAUGUUGGUCAAAACUGUCCUCCUACAGAUAUUGAGACAUGGGUUGGUGUUGCAGUUUCUCGCGGUGUGCGCCAUCUUCUGUUUUGCCAGUGUAGUCCUAGACCAUAUUUCCUGCCCAUACGGUUGCCUAGGAGUUUGUAUACAUGUGAAACCCUUGUGACUUUAAGGCUACAACAGGCCUUCAUCGUUGAUGUUCCUUUGAAUAUUUGCUUCCCGUCACUCAAAAGUUUGUCUCUUAUAUUUGUGGACUUCUCUAGCGAUGAAACCGUUCAUCAGCUUCUAUCUAGUUGUCUUGUUCUUGAAGACCUAAAAGUGGUUCGAGGCAACUAUGACGUGAAAACUUUCAAAAUCAUGGUUCCUUCAUUGCAAAGAUUAACAGUCAAUGCUGUUUUUACAAAUGGCGAUCCAGUUACCGUACCUGAUGCUGGGUUUAUGAUCGAGACUCCUUGUUUAAAGUCGUUAGCGAUUAUUAGCCAGUUUGGUUGGAUCCAUUCACUAGUGAAAAUGCCAUACCUGGUGAAGGCUAACAUAAAGCUUCGACAUGGAGAUUCUAAGAAUCUGCUCGGAUGUGUUACUUCAGCCAAACACCUAUCGUUAUGUGUGAAAAAACCAAUGGGUUCGUAUCCAGUAGGCGACUUCAGUCAGCUCGUGUCUCUUAAAGUCUGUACAUGCUCUUUAGAGUGGUAUCGUCUUAUACUCAGACGUGCACCUAAACUCCGCUUUCUCAGAUUCCAAGGUCAAGCAAAUUUGCUUCCAUCUUCAUACAUAGAUGAUCUCAAGAAAUGUUACAGAACUUCCGGAGAUGUCGAGACUCAGUGGGAGCGACCGAGUUCUGUUCCUGAAUGUUUGAUUUCGAGCCUCCAAAUUAUCGAGUGGAAUGAUUACAAAGGAACAGUAGCAGAGAAGUCAGAGGCGAAGUAUUUGUUUGAGAACUCUAGACAGCUAAAGACAAUGUCUUCUACGACAAGUGUAGAGAGCCUACAUGAAGGAGUUUUAUCAAAUGACGGUUUAUAGACAUAGAGUUCUAGUCGUUUUUUUUAUAUUCUUGGAGCAUUAUUAGUACCUAGGUUGUUUUGAAUCAUACUUUUUACAAGUUUUGAUUGAUGGAGCCCACACUCUGUUUUCAGAAUUCUAGCUAAUGACGUUUUAUA